GCGAAUAAGGGGCGAAUAAGGGGCUAAUGGCACUCCGAGACCUCCGAGACACACUCAUAGGGGCGGCUGGAUCGCUGGCUGGCUGGCUGAUCUCUUCAGUUAAGAUGGAAACCAGCAGAAAACAGGUCAAUUGUCACAUUGCCACCAUUGCCAACAUCUUGGACAUCUUGAACAUCUUUUACCAAUCCUAGACGCGCCUGCAUGUCAAGUACGCACCAUCAGCUGCAGCCAGCAAAGUCGAUCCCCCCCAGCCGUUAUAACGCUUAAUCUGCCGUGUGAAAAUCGGUGCCUCGUGAGGCACCGAUUGUUAACGCUUGUUAUGGGCACCUCUUGAAGUUGUUUACGCUUCGGUCUGAAAGUUUGCUAUGCUCCAUCCGACACAACGUUCACCUUGAAUCAAGCCGUAACACGACGCCGAGCAAGGCCACCAGCGACGCCAUGGCAAAGAACAAACCCGGGCUUCUUUCCCGCAAGAAGGGCCCACGACCUCAAACGGCGACGGCGACGACGACUGAGCUUGAGGUCCCCGCGCCUACGUUCGACCCUGCCCAGAAGCCGCGCAAGCUCGCAAAGGCCAAUUCGAUGGGAAUCAUUCGCGAUCCGUCACCAUCUCCACAUUCUAUGCCACCACCACCAACUCCGCCAUUCGUUGCGUCGUCACAAUCACGAUUCCUGUCUUCGCGCGACAGCUCUCCCGCAUCCCGGCCACAAACACGAGAUGGCUCCCCGAUGCAAUACCCCCCAUUGUUCGACACUGGACACCGCGUACCCUCAGCAAGUUCAAUGUCAACGAUGGCACCACCCUCAUACAUAUCGGAUAGCGAAGGCUCGGACAGAUCGAAACUACGAAGCCGCUUGACCCUCAUGCCUCGAUCAAGAGAUUCUUCGAGGCCUACAUCAUCAGCUGGUUCGGCGCCAUGGGUGCUUGGAGGGCCAAACAAGGUGGACUACAACUUGGCGCCACUGCUUUCCGGAGAACGGGUGACAGAGCUCUGGGACGAUUGGGCGGAUGUCAACGUAUACCUGCUCCCAACGGGAAAUAAGCCGUCCUUCAAGAUCCCAUCGCGGGUCAUUGAAUCAUCCGCCAUGCUCAUGAACAUUGCCUUCAGCCAAAGCCUAACUAGCCCUACCAGCUUCAACAUGCCAACCAGCCCAACCAUAGUGAAUCCAGGACCUACUAUACCAGAAGACGCAGUCAUGAACGCGCCAGACGAGGCCAUGAAACGCUUGGAUUUCAACUUCGAUCUACCCCAACGAAGGCGUUCCGCAGAUUUGUCAGCAUACCUGUCCGCAGACGGGUUUGCCCAAGGCGACCUGAUGGCCAAACCGAACCAGGCGCCGAGAGAAGGUCAUCUAUACUUUCCAAUCACGAGACUUACGAUUCCACAGAACCUGCAGGAUGGAGGCAGCGACAGUGAUCGCCUACUGGCCGCACGAAACCUGAUUGCAUUUUUACUUCACAAACCGAUGAUUGCAUCUAUGAAAUUCCCGACUGAGAUGUCGGUCUUUCUUGGGAUCGCGGGCCACCUUGCGGACGUGGACUUUCUCGACGAGUCCAGCGGGGAUUUUGGACGAGUCAUAACAACGUCAUUUUCCUUCUAUAAUGGAAUUUAUAAUCUGCAAGAUGUACGGGGAUCAUUCCAAAAGAUGCUCCAAGGUAUUAUCAUUGCCGAAGCGAUGCGCUAUACACAACUUUAUCGCGAAGGAUUCAUACACUGCGUUGGUGCCUAUGGUUACAAGGGGGUCAGCGACCACCAGCUGUUCGCAAUGGUCUCAGACACAACAAAGUCGAAAAUCGAGCGAGAAGCCCUCGAUCUCGAGCAUCGUCAAAAGUCCAUCAAGACCCGACUCCAAGAUUUCGACUUCCCCCACAUAUUUAACGGCACUGCCGCCUCCAAAGUCACUGCCGAGAGCAAGACUGUCAGAUUCACCGCAUGGAAGUCUCACUUCGUCGCAUUUCGGUCGUUCGUCCUGUCCUACUACAAGGAUCUGCACGGCUCAUGGCCUCCGAAGAGUGGAAGGAGGAGCGGCUUCAACAUUCCCGGUCUUAACCGCCUGGUCCUGAAGAUCCUGUACGACGACCUCGCAUCGCUCUACGAUAUCCUAGUGGAUCGCGACGCCCUGACGACCCGGACACUGGACGUCGAAGACGUGAAGGGCGAGGACGACAUGACACAGGGACAGCUGGAGCUACUGGCGCUCCGCAAGAUCAUGUCCGAGCAUGACCGCUCCAGCAUCCCCGUCACCCCUCCCAUCCCCUUCGACCUCCCCAAGCUUCCCACCCCCGCCACCCUCGAUGCCGGCCACCCGAAGCGCUCCCCCAAAGCCCAGGUCACGGCCGAGACCCGACGCCUGCGCCCGUUCGAAAAGCUCCUCGUUCUCGCCAAAGCGCACAACGUCUCUGUGGGCUUGCAGACGCCCUUUCUGCGCAAGUAUGCCGAGUUCGAAGAUGAGCAGGCGUCCGGCUCCUCAAUCCGUGACCUCCGCGAUCAACGCUUCGGAUACUGGAUCUUCCUCUACGCGGUCCUGCAGUCCCUGCCUCCCCUCGUGAUGGACGCUCCGGGUAUUCGCUACACGGAAGGGGUGGAGUACUUCCUGUGCAAGCCCCCCCUGGGCCACCUCCCCUGGCAAGACGGCAGAACCAUGCGCGACUAUCCCUUUGAUGCCGCUGAGAACACCGCAGAGGCAAUCUACACCCGCAGCCACUGCUGGAUGGCCGGCGCCGACUGGCUGCCUCCGCUGCAGGCCCGCGCCGCGUUAGAGGGCGGCCCGGUGCUGGCCAACUCCCCCUACCUCGCGCCGGUUGAUGUGCCGACCCGCGACGGUGGUGGGAGUCCGGUUAGUCCCGCGGCCAGUCUCGCGACGUUCGAGUUCCCGCCGCCCCCGCUCAGACCCAGCCGCCUCAGCUCGGCCACUCCCCCGCCCGACCUGCUGCGCAAUGACAGCAUCGCGACUGUGGUGCGGCGCCCGCCGAGCCGACAACAGCCGGGACGGGAGGAGUGGCAACCCGCGGAGUUCUUUGGGGAGGCUGGUGCGCCGGCUGGCGUCGGUCUAGGUGCCGAGUUGCUCUCGGUCUCACGGCCGACGUCGCGGCACAUGUCCUCCCGGCCCGUGUCGCGCGCAACGUCGCCUUACGGCGGCGUUGGCUCGGUGUCUGGGGUGAGUUCGUCUGGGGUGAGUUCGUCUGGGGUGAGUUCGUAUGGGGUGAGUUCGGCUGGGGUGGUACCUGGUAACGGCCCGAGCACGUUCGACGACAUCCUCGGCGGGAUGAAGGAGGAGGAAGACCGAGGGCGGGAGCGGGAGCUAGAGGAGAAGAAGAAGGCGAAGAAGGGGAGGAUGAGCUUGUGGGGGAAUUAGGGGCCGGCGGGCGUGUAUGAGUAUAUCGGCGUUUGUGGGCGGGUGGUGGCGGGACGGUGUUGUAGGAGUACGGGAGUUGGCAGGGGAUCUGUAGCAGUAGAUAAUGAAACCCGUUGCCCACUCAGUCUUCAA